ACUCAAUAAAAAAAAAAAAAAAUACUCUGAAAACGCAAUUACACGCAAAAGCCGAGUGCGUGGCUAUCAUGCAGUCACAUGAACCCAGCUUAAUUGCAGCCGAUAAACACACGAACCAGCUCUCCUCUUCCUCUUUCUGGUGCCUUUUCCCCGGUGCGUAAACCCGAAGUGGCGGUGGGGGGGAAGAGACCGCGUUCACAGACUGGGGAAAAAAACAGGAAUGUUUCUUCCGGUUCCAAAGAGUGUAAAAACGGAACGGAAGCCGACGUGGUCUUUGUAGUCUGUCAGCAAACGCUGCCUUUGCAUCCGCUACUCGAACGCUCGGCUGCCGGCUUUGGUUUCUCCCCCAACUGCAGGAAAAACCAUCGAGACAAGAGAGAGGCCUCUGUCUCAGAUCUGCAGCUGACCACUGACUGCAUGUCUCAGAGCUCCGACCGACCCCCCUCCUCUUCCUCCUCCUCCUCCUCCUCCUCUCACUUCUCCUCAAGGACCCACAUUUUCACACAAUCAUAACCUUCAAACCUCCAGCCAGCUGCUAGCCGCUUCACCACAGACACGGUCGGCUCUUUCCCUGCCUGGACAGAAGGAUCAACCAUCGUUCCCCCGAUUGGUGCUCCGUCAGCGGGGGAGGGAGGGGAAGGAAAGGCAGCUGAACGCCGUCCUGGAGAUGAAGCUGCAGGCCGUCAUGGAGAACCUGCACAGGCAGCAGAGGGCCAAGCUACUGAUGGAGCAGCAGCUACAGCAGCAAGCCGCCGCCCAGCACACUCAGAUCCGCACAGGUGGAGGAGGGGACGAGCCCAUGGGGAGCCCGGCCCCUGAGACGGAGCAGGCCCAGAUGGCAGCGCUGGCGGCCAUGCGUGCUGUAGCCGCCGGGCUGCAGAGGGUGUCGGACAGCCCGAUGUCAGAGCGCAGCAGCGGUGGCGAAGACGAUGGUGACGAUGACGACAACGAUGAAGGGGAGGAGCAUUACAAGGACAUGAUGGGGUCAGAUGAGGAGGAGCAGAUCAAACAGAAAUGGGACGAGGAAGACUUUGAAGGUGAGAUGGAAGAAGACUUUGACGACGACCUGGCGGAGGAGGGUCUGCCGACGGGCCAUGACACAGUGGCUCCCGGGAAGGGCAUCCUCCUGCUGCCCCACCGUCAACUCCACCCCCACUCCCAGCUGCUGAAGGCCCGUCCUAGUGUCGACCAGGAGCCCCGCGUAGCCAUCCUGCCUCCCCACGCCACACACAGCCAACUGGGCGGGCAGGACCAUGGAGAAUGGACCUACGAGGAGCAGUUCAGACAGCUUUAUGAACUGGAUAGAGACCCAAAGAGAAAAGAGUUUCUGGAUGACCUCUUCAGCUUCAUGCAAAAAAGAGGAACCCCAGUGAACCGUAUUCCCAUCAUGGCCAAGCAGGUCCUAGAUCUGUACAUGCUCUACAGGCUGGUGACAGAGAAGGGCGGCCUGGUGGAGGUCAUCAACAAGAAACUGUGGAGGGAGAUCACCAAAGGACUCAACCUGCCUACCUCAAUCACCAGUGCAGCCUUCACCCUCCGCACACAAUACAUGAAGUACCUGUACCCAUAUGAAUGUGAUAAGAGGGGUCUGAGCAACCCCAACGAGCUCCAGGCAGCCAUCGACAGUAACCGGCGGGAGGGCCGACGACAGAGCUUCGGCAGCUCCCUCUUCACCUACUCGCCCAACGGGACGCCCACAAUGCUCUCGUCGCCGAAGCUUUCCGCUCCAAGUGUGGGCCUGCCGGUGAGCACCAACGGGUCCUCGCUGACCCCCAUCCAGAAGAUCAAGAAAGAAGAGGAUGGAGGCCAGUCGCUGCCGGGAAUCGGAAGGGCUCGUCUGCCAGUGGGAGCAUUCGCGGGUCACUCCGUGGUGGCUGUGCAAGCAGCGGCGGCUCAGGCAGCGAUGGCUCAGGUGGCGGCUCUAGAGCAGCUGAGGGACAAACUGGAGGCUGGCGAGCCACCGGAGAAGAAGAUGGCACUGCCGGCUGAGGACCACCACCGACUACUGCAGAGAGCGCUGCAACACAACCUGCUGGCCAUGACCGCUCAGAUACCCAUGAACAUCCGCAUCAAUAACCAAGAAGGCAGGCAGGACUCUGCCCUGAACCUCACCACCAAUGGCACAAGCAGCAUCAGCAUGUCGGUUGAGCUCAAUGGAGUGGUGUACACUGGCGUUCUUUUUGCUCAGGCAGCAGCAGGGUCGGCCUUGUCCGGUGCAUCUGGAUCGUCCGCCUCCAACAAGACGGUCAGCGGUCGUGUCGCUUCACAGCAGCAACAGAACACACCUACCUCAACCUCAACCUCCAGCAACUCAUUGUCUUAACAAACCCCCGGCCUUUCCCCUUUGUUUUAUUUUUUUUGUUUUGUUUUUUUAUUACCACGCUAAGUAAAGCCAAAAAUCAACCUCAUUUUCUACAUAAUCUAUGCCAAAAAGAGAAGAACCAUAAACUGUACAGAAAGACACAAACUGAAACUCACAUCACUUGAAGUACACUAUCUCAGGUUUUCUCUCACCAACUCACCUCUUUUGUUCUUCAUAGCCAAAAUAAUUUCGGAAAAAAAAAAGAAAAAUAUAUAUAUAUCCCAACUGAGAGCCAGUAUAUGCUAAACAAAUAUGUAUGCACAACCUGUGAAUUAUUUAUUUCUGCAUAAAUGUACAGAUUAACGGAGAACAAAAGAGAAGGUAAUAACUAGGAAGGGUAAUGCACUGUUUACACACACAAACACAGCUACUGAUUGACAGCGAUGUUUUAUCCUCUAGGGGAGAGAUUUUUUUUAUUUUAUUUUAUCUUUUCAUUGUCAUUAUUAUCAUUAUUGUUAUUCUCUUUAUUGUGUUUUAUCAUUUAAAUCUUUAACAAUCCUCUCACUGCAGGAAAAAAAAAUCUAUAUAUUUAGAAUUCUAUAAAAAAAAAAAGUAAAUAUGAAUAUCCUCUAUUUUUAAUCAGAAAAGCUUUAAAAGGUAUAUGUUGUUUCUUCAGGGCAUAUAACAAAGUACCGUUGUGACCUCAUUUUGUGUAAAACCGUAUAACCUUAUUCACAUGGCAGCCAUUUUGGAUCUCUGUGUGGAAGAGCGAGCCCGAUGCAGGUCUGCACUCCUGUCGUGUGCCCAGAUACACUUCAUAUCAAUGCCACUGAUUCUCCAGCGAAACAGAAACCUAAAACUAACUGGAUCUCAAGAAUCUGCAAGGAUAUUGGUUCACUUUUUUAAUAUAUUUAGUCCAUUAUUGAUCGCUACCAGAGUCUAGGGAGUAGCUAAUUAACUACAAAGCUGACAUCCCUGCAAAAUUCAAACUAUUUGGCUCUAAAAUGAAAUGUUUGUUGACAUGAGGCCAGUUCAAUGCAUAUCUAUAUCAAUCAUGCAGGUAAUUUGUCAAGCUUAGUGAUCAAAAUGGCUGUUUGUAUGAGUAAGGUCAGUUGCGCAGGUGGAAAAAUGAACUAAAGCCUUUUCUUGUCGGGUUUCUUUCCCCCCCUCGCUGCGCCCCAACAGGCUGGACUUUCUGAACCUCAGCAGCGUCCGCAACCGACUGUUUCCUGUUGUGGAUAAUACACGUUUUUCGAUAGUUCUCAGGUGUCCGUCUGCUCAUCGUUUUGUACAAUAUCUUGACAGAGCAAUGCUUUUCGACAUCUUUCUCUGUUGAAAGAUACAAUUUUUAUCCUUUUUCUAACUUGGCCUUCUUGUGGAGUGAUUGUCUUACGGUCUGAUGCAUGCCCGUAUUUGUAAGAUAAAGCCCUUCAGCGAUCAGGAGUGAAGCAGGAAAACUUUGAUUUUCCUGUCUUAGAUUCACAGGAGUCGUGUAUCCACUAAAACCUUGUCAUUGUGGAGACACUCACAUGGACAAUCAGGUGUCAGGUGACGCUAUCCGAGCUUCUGAAGAAACUUACCCUGACAGUUGUUUCAGCUCAUAUCUGACAUUUUGUUUUUUUGUAUUAUAGAUUACAGAUGUUUUUAUUUUUUGUUUGAGCUUUGUGUUUUUGCAUGACUUAGUGCUUCUUCUGAUCCAAGUGCUUCUUAUUCUGUGCUGUGACGAGGACAGGGUCUCCCUGAGACUAGCUUUUUCUUCUGUCCAGGACGUAACAGAGAAUGUCUUGUGAUCCUCUGACUGUUUUUUUUAGAUGUUGCUUAAUUGGGGCUUUUUGACAAUGUUAGCUCAGAGGUAAUCGUAGCUGUGGCUUGUGUCUUAUUGUUUGUACGGGCAUUCGCUGCAGUUAGAUUUAUAAAAAAAAAAAAAGAAGUGAAAUCAGCCGUGGUGGAGAUACCAUAUCAUUCAUAAGUAGUUGCAUCUCUGCAUUUUGAAGUAGAUCAAUCAUUCAGCUUUUUGAACUUUAACCUGUGUUACCUCUCUGGACUGUCGGCGGUUAAAGAUUGUUACUCAAA